UUGUAAACGGAGAAUUUUUCUUUAAAAUAAGAUUUACACAAAAAUAGCCAUAAAGAGUAAUGUUGGUUAGUCAAAAAAAUCCAAAUUUAUGUUUCUCUGAUAAAUCACCAUCACCGCUUAAAAUCCUAUCAUCAUAUCGAAUUCAUCUGGAACAGAAUCUGGAGAUAUUCAUAAAACUACUGAUGAUCAUCAUAAAUUAGAACAAGAAAUAGGAAUGCUAAAUCGAAAUCCAUACAGUUUAAAUGAAUCAUUGAAGUGUAAAUCACCGGUAUCACCAACAACACUAUUAAAAAGUACAGGAUUCAAAUUUCCUUCGUUUCUUCCUAAUCUUCAUUUUCAUGCACCAACGCUACCGCCACCGCCACCGCCACCAUCACUAACAUCAUCACAGUCUGCAAUCUCCUCUUUACCUUCUUCUGUGUUUUGCACGAACAGAAUGGAUGCUGAUAAAUUAAGCCUACUCAUGAAAACCUUGAAUGAUACCGCUACAAACUACUUGUUAAACAAUCCGUGUUCUUCACCAUCAUUAUCCUCGACGCCAUCAGUGACAGCAGCUGCUACUGCUCUACAUUCAAUAUUCAAUGGUACAAUGUUGACAGAUUUACCAGCAUCAAUUAAUUUAUUCACCAAUGAUUGCGGUUCACUAGAACAAAACCAUAUGGAAAACUGUUUAAAUAAUCCCAAUGAUAAGUGCAGUAUAGACGAAGAAGAUUAUUAUCAUUAUUAUUAUCAACAUGCUAACUAUAUUUUACAGAAUUGUUCCAAAAAUGUUCAGUGUGAUACAGUAGAUUGGUCAGAUAAGAAUAACAUGUUACUCAUGAUGAUGUGGAUAAUGUUUAUGAAAAGUAAUGUUAGUUCACUUGUACAAACAAGUAGUCAUCAACAGUCAAACAACUCAUCUUCCCGUUCAACGUUAACAACAACAGUUGACUCAGUAUUGACAACAAUGACGACAGCAGUACCACUGUCUUCAACAGUAACGACAAUAAGUCAUUUUAUGGAUGAUAUGAUAAAUCAUGGAGCGAUAAGCUUCCAUAACGGAUCUAACUAUCAACAUCAUAAUCGUCGACGUCGUUAUCAGUCAGUGAACAGUCCAAACCAUCAGACAGAUGUGGUUAGUGAACUCCACAACUCUAUCCACAGUGAUGGUAUCAUCAGUCAACAGAAUACGAAUCUAAGUUUGAAGCAAAUGAAUACGUUUCCUGAUAAAUUGAUUUCACCAACUUAUACUGCAAAAACUACUGCUUCAAACGCCAAUAUUACUACUCCCACUGAUGUUUAUAAUAAUAAUAAUAAUGGUGAUAACAGUUAUCACAUACCCAACCGAUAUUUAACGAAUGGCUUAUUACAGAAUGAGUCAGAUAAAGCAGAUUCAUCAAUUCAAAGGACAGAAUUAUUAGAUGCUGACCUGUGGAAACAUUUUCACAGCAUGACUACUGAAAUGGUGAUUACAAAAUCUGGACGUCGAAUGUUUCCAUCAUUCAAGGUUCGAGUAACUGGAUUAGACAGGAAUGUAAAGUAUAUCAUGUUACUUGAUAUUAUAUCACGUGAUGAACAUCGAUAUAAAUUUCAAAAUGGUAAAUGGACGGUUGCUGGUAAAGCUGAUCCUGAACCAUAUCGUAAGCCUUACAUUCAUCCAGAUUCCCCGACAACAGGUGAAGAAUGGAUGCAUAAACCAAUAUCAUUUCAUAAAUUAAAACUAACUAACAAUGUUGCUGAAAGACAACCUUUUCAAGCUGUACUCAAUUCGAUGCAUAAAUAUAUCCCAAGAUUUCAUAUUGUCCGAGCAGAUCAUUUGAAUAAAAUGAAUAUGGCAGAUUUUGUUACAUUCAUAUUUGAUGAAACAGAAUUUAUAGCUGUAACAGCUUAUCAAAAUGAACGAAUUACUCAGUUAAAAAUUGACAAUAAUCCAUUCGCUAAAGGAUUUCGAGACAAUGGUAGUGGACGCCGUGAAAAAAAAGGUUUACGGUUACGUUAUAAACAUUCCCUGAACAAGGUGGAUAACUAUGAAGAUCUUGAUGGACUAGAUAGAGAUCUAAUGAAAAUGCAUUCAGUUGAUGGAUUUGGAAUAAAUGAGAAUAUGAAGUUUAGACUUCACAGCUCAAUCAAUUCUCCAUCUUAUACAAAUCGAUCAUUAUUUAAUCAGGAUCGGAAUCUUAGUAAUCAUCCUGGAUUUGAUUUAAAGUCAUCCACAAGGACACUGUCAACUUCUAAUCAUAUAAAGACUAAAUCACCGAAUUCUUCUUCUUAUUAUGGUUCACCAGAUCAUUUCUCUUCAUAUUCAGUACUGAAUUUUAAUGCAGUCAGUUGUAAUUACAAUAGUAAUAAUACCAAUAAAUCGAAUGAUUUAUCACUGGUCACGGAUUUGUCAACUGAUAAACAAAUAACUUCAAAAGAUUUAUUGUCCUCCUCCUCUUCAUCAUCACCGCAUCAGAUGUGGUCAGGAUGUUUCGAUCAUGUAUCACCGAAUUCAACGUUUAUACCUACAAGUUUAUCUCGAAGUCAGCAUACAGUACAUCACUGUCCAAAAAUAUGUAAAUCAUUGUAUUUUAAUGAAGUGAACAAAGUUAAUAAAACAUCUAUUGAACACUAUGCCGCUAAAGGUCAAAAUCACUUAUCAACAGAGUAUCAUAAUCAAACUAGUCAACUUUCUGAUAAUGAUGAUGAUGAUGAUGAUAGUAAUAACAAGUCUAAUAGUAUUACACCAUUUAUCACAUCUGAAUUAACAUUUUCAUCAAUUAAUUCAUCCACACUGCCAUGUUCAGUGAUGACAACAGUGCCAUCAUGUCAUUUCCUACAAUCUCCACAGCUUACAUCUUCUGCUUUGAAUACAAUUUCUGCAUUUACUGGAAGUGAUUUACAGCUUAUGUCAGAUAAUUUAAAGCGUAGCUAUGAAGUGAUGAGUAGAUAUUUUCCGGAAAACUGUAAUUCUAUACAACUUCGAGAUGACUUAAGCUCAUCGAAACUGUGCUGCUCUCCGAAUAAAAAGCAAUGCACUGACGAAGAAAUAAAUGCUCCGAUUAACAAGCAACUAUCACAUCAUAUAAAUGGACACGAUGACAAUACUGAUAAUAAGAAAAUUGUAAAUGAAUUUAGAAAUACUUCAGGAUUAAAAAGUGAACAUGAAUUGAGUCAUCCUUUAAAAACACGUUGUUCUUUAUCUUCGACAUCAUCUUCAUCGUCGUCAUCCUCAUCACUGCCUCAUAUGAAUUCAUUGAAAAGAGGUUUCAAUAUUAGUUGUCUAUUAGAAUAAAUGAAGUUGGAUUUCUUGUUUUCUUUCAAAUAUAACUUUAAUCCAGUCUAUACACUCACAGUUAUGUAUAAUACAGAUGUUGGGUCAUAGAACUCUACUUGUAUAUAGUACACAUAUGUAUAUAAUAUAUUACGUUCAGAGAAAUGUGUGAUUUAAUGAAUCACCUAUUUGGAGAACUACUUUUCUGUUGUUCUUCCAAAUAUACAGUCUAAGAAUGCAACAUUUAGCAGUCAUGUUGACGAUAACUAACGGUAUCAUUCGUUGUAAAUAGACGAUGUUAGAAGAUAUUGUGUUUAAAAGAGAUAACAUCUGGACUACUAGCAACAGUGACAACAGGAAGAGGCAGAAGUUGAUAUCUGAUUUUCUUUCGAAACUUUCUUCCGUUUGACUUGUCAUUCAUCAUCUCGAGUACCACUUAUUUUUCUUCUUACAUGCACACAUAUAUACACAUACAGAAUAUAUUAUUUUCUGGAAAAAAGAAAAUGAGCAGACUGAUAAGCAAAAUUUUCGGUAUACUUAUUCAUUUUUGUUUCGCUGUUGUUACUGUUGCUUUUCUUCUGUUUUCAGUUUUCCUCUAGUCCUCCA